AUUUUUCCUUGCUUUUCUCACAUAGAAAAUCAUCAUGUCGUUGCUCGGUAGCGUUUCUGGUUUCGCCGCUUUCGGUGUGCUUGUCCGUACAUACGCUCUUGGAUUGCAGAAACGCCCUCUCUUUUCCAACCCCAGUGGCCAUGCUAUUGCUGCUGCUGUGUUUGGCGGUUUCGGUUACUACGUCCACGGAUUGCAACAGCGACAGGAAGAUCUCAUUGAAAGCAAGAAGGAGGUUCUGUUGAAGAACAGAGCACGCGCAGAAGAGAUCGCGAAAAAGCAGGCAGCAUUCACACAGUAAAAAGAAAACAAAUUUAUGAUAAAAAAAAACCCGCAUACUACCCGAACACGUCGAAAGGAUAGAUUUGAACAACGAGAAAAUAUACAUUUAUUUUUAGCCCAUCUGUCACGGAAACAGAACAAACGAA